AUGGUUCGACUGGGAUCGAGCCUCGCCGGGUUUGCGCUGGCAGCAAGCACGGCCCGAGCAGGCUCCUACACUCUGGUCGACACGUUUGACGCAAGCAACUUCUUCGACGAGUUCGACUUCUUCACCGAGCCCGACCCGACCCACGGCUUCGUCCAGUACGUCGACGGCGACACGGCAAACCGCGAGGGGCUCGCCGGGUUUGCCUCGGGCGGCGUCUACCUCGGCGUCGACUACAGCAGCACGACGACGACGACGACGACCGGCCGAGCGUCGGUCCGGCUGACGUCCCGAAAGGCCUACACGAGGGGCCUCUUCGUCGCCGACAUCGCGCACAUGCCGGCGGGCGCGGCCGGUUCUAGCUCGUGCGGCCUGUGGCCGGCCUUUUGGAUGUUCGGCCCCGACUGGCCCAACUCGGGCGAGAUCGACGUCGUCGAGGGCGUCAACAGCCAGACGUCCAACUCGGUCUCGCUCCACACGGGCGCCGGCUGCACCGUCUCCAACCCGGGCGCCUCGCCCGGCACCAAGCUCGUCUCGGCAGACUGCCAGGGCGGCGAGGGCUGCACCCAGGACACGAGCGCGCCCGACAACUACGGCGCCGGCUUCAACGCUGCCGGCGGCGGGAUCUACGCCGUCGAGUGGACAGACGCCGCCAUCAAGGUCUGGUUCCUGCCGCGGGACAGCCCCAUCGCCAGCCAGCUCUCUUCUUCUUUUUCUUCUUCUUCUUCUUCUUCUUUCCCCUCGGGAGGAAACAACAACAACACCAACAUCAAGGAUAAUAAAAGCCUGGACCCGUCCGCCUUCGGCACGCCCCUGGCCGUCUUCGCCGGCGGGGCCGAGUGCCCGAUCGGCGACCACUUCGCCAACCACCACCUCGUCUUCGACACCACCUUCUGCGGCGACUGGGCCGGCCGGGUCUGGGCCGCCGACGGCGCGUGCGCCGCGCUGGCCGACACGUGCGAGGACUACGUCGCCGCCCACCCGGAGGCCUUCUCCGAGGCGUACUGGCUGCUCGGGUCCAUCCGCGUCUACCAGCUCGAGGCAGACGCCGGCGCGGGUACGGGUACGGGUGGGGCGAGCGCGGGCGGCGGCGACGACGGUCAGGGUGAAGGGGGGGGACAAGGGCAGCGGCGGGGUUUGAGGCCAAAGAUGGCGAGGAGGUGGCAGGCUUGA